CCGUGCCGCAUCAUCGCUGCUAGCUCCCCCGAGCUAACCCCCACACCAUUCUCACCAUAUCCCUGCGCAGCCAUACUUGACAUCGACAUGGCAGGUUUGGCUCUGAAGGCGCUCUCAUACGGGGCAGAGAAGAUCCCCGAUAGAUUCUUUGAGGCUAUCCCAGGUGGUUACUUCAGACCAAAGGAAGAUAAACACGACAGCAGGCGCAAGAGCAAGAGCAGAUCCUCCAGAUACCGGAGCCAGAGUGAGGGCAGGAACCGGAAGAGGUCGCCGUACCCUGAGGAGUACUCGGAUGAAGACAGCACCGACUACGAUCAUACCGACGAGGAGUCUGACCGGGAGCGUCGUCGCCACAGACACAGACAUCACCGGUAUGGCGACAGUCACAGGGCGCGCGAAGGAAGGCGCCGACACAGGUCGCUCUCGGAAGACCGUGACAGCUUCGACGACGGCUACAUCCUCCCUCCUCCCAAAGUAGACAUGUCAAGAACUCUAGGCGGCCAGCAUCCAACUCCUUACUUCCCACCUCCACCCGUCGUCGGCCAUGCCGAAUCUGCACCUGCCAGCACGACUUACUCGCCUGCCCGGCCUCAUAACCCUGCGGAUUACUCACCGGCCCACCCCUUGGCGUCUUCAGAGCAACCUAGUCCUCAUUCCUUACCACUGAACACACGCGUUCCGGCACCUUCUCCCGUAGUUCCACAGCAUGUGAGUGUUCCAGAUAUCAUUCAGAUGAUCUUCUCACUUACAGUAGCAGGAUGGUCACUACAGUAGUCCUAAUCGCGUCUUGCCCCCGCCUCCAAGUCGUUCCUCACGUGCGUCUUCUGUGGAAUCUCGCGGCUACAACCCAAACCAGUACAUCCCUCACAGCAACGUCUACGGCUACGGACACAAACCACCCGCUAUAGCCCCGGCCCCUUACCAGAAUGGUAUACACACGCCCCCAUACACUCCGCAACAAAGUUCUCCCUACCAGCCCAACUACAGCCCCAGCUA